GAGAGGGGUGGGAGAGAGAGAGGGAGAGAAAGAGAGAGAGAGAGAGAGAGAGAGAGAUGCAGCCCUGAUGUCAGUAUAUUUUUAGCCAGAGAGUACACCCCUAAUGAACUAGUUUCAGACCUAUUACACAUUUUUAAGCUGUUUUUCAGAUAAGAAACUUCACAAAACAGUUUAUGGUAAUAAUAAAACACAAAUUGCUACAGCCAGUGCAGAGAUUAAAUCAAAAGUUUAGACUAAAGAAUGAUAAAUACUUUUAAGUCUAUGUAAAGAAAUAACAAAGCUGGCAAGUUUUUAUUUCUGAUCAUUUUCUUUAUGAGACAACCAUAAACAGAUUUUCAGAUUAUAUGACUCGCAACAUCCAUUUUCUCAUUUAAUGCCUAUAAUCCCAGAUCCACAUUGAUAAUAUGUUUAACAAACAACAGUGCAAUUUUCUGUAAAUAUAUGGUAAGGAAGGACCAUCAUUCAGCAAUGACAACUGGUUUUUUACUUUACUUAGUGAAUGUAUCGUUUGUUAUGAGCAGAUGCUAUGUCUUUUCCCUGAGGCCAUUAUUUUGGAAUUUUUUGAUUCAUUGAUAAUGGAAUUUCCUGGUUGGCCUGCUGCAUCAGGUUUUUACUGAUUAUUUGUUUCAUCACUUAUUGAUGUACUUACUACGGGACUUUGCAUAAAGAGUGACAUAAGCAAAAGGAAAAAUCCUGAGGCUCAAGGAGCUAAAGUUUAAUAAUAAAGGAGAGGAAAAAAAACAGAGAAGAGAGCACAGGAGAGGACAACUCUUCUACCCACAUGAUUCAUUCACUUACUCACUCACUCAUUCACUCACUCACACUCACUCACUCACUCAUACAGUACAAUUUAUCAUAACCUCAGCAGAGUCCAAAUAGUUGAUAGAUAAUUAUGAGCAAGCUCCGAUGCCAAAACUUCAGAAAAAAGAAACAGGAUUUUUGGCAUGCCUUCCUCAGUUUGAGUCCAUUUUUGGUGCUUAUUCAUUCAUAUUCUGCUAUUAUUUUAAGCACUGAACAGAAGAAAUAAAGACUGCACAAAGAUUCAUAUUUAACAAUAUGCAGUCCACACGGUUAUUUACAGUAUGAUUUAUUUAUUUAUUGUGCAAACCCACAAAUUAGACUAAUGGAUAAAACCAUUAAAGGUAAUCAGAGCUAGUCUUGUCUUAAGUACUGAACAAAAUAAACCUAAUUUAUUUGUACAUGAUAGUUAACUUGUUAUACAUAAUAUCCAGCAUUAAAGUUAAAUGUCCACAAAAAUCCGUAUUUUAAGUCCAGAGAUUUAUGUUAUAAGGUUAACAUUUAAAGUAAUACUUUAAUAUUUUGCAUAAUUUUAUAGAUUCUGAAAAAUUACAUCUGAGGCCUGCCAACAUCAUAAUAAUACAUGGAAGAGAUUUCUGGCUGCAAUGUUACCUGGAAACCUGGUUGCAUUGAAUUCAUUAGGAUUUAUCUUCAAGGAAGCACGCAUAGUGUAUGGCUGUACUCCACUCAGUUACAGAUACCAAGGCACAAUGUCACAUUCAAAAUGCCAAGUCUUUUUAUCUGAUAUCAGGACUUUCAUAUAUGAAUGGUAAAAUCAGAAGCAGAAAAUUCACAAUAUUGUUGAAUAUUCCUUUCCAGCUUUCAGCUAUGAAGGUUGAAAAUCCGUCAGAAGGUAAGAAGAUGGAGCAGCCCAGACUGGAAGCAAAGCAACAGAAUGUGAAGGUGGAAACUGAGGUGGAAGAAGAGAAGAAGGAAGAAAGCGAAGGCCUGAUCGAAUUCUUCAGUUCCUACCAGGACCUUUUCCAAUUUUUUUGCAACAAUACAACCAUCCAUGGUGCCAUCCGGCUGGUUUGUUCUAAGAAGAAUAAGAUGAAGACUGCCUUUUGGACAGUUCUUUUUUUCCUGACUUUUGGCCUCUUGUAUUGGCAGUUUGGAAUCAUUUAUACAAAUUAUUUCAGCUUUCCAGUCAACUUGAAUUUGAACCUGAACUCUGAUAGACUUACCUUUCCUGCUGUCACAGUAUGUACUCUCAAUCCGUAUAGGUAUAGUGCUUUUCGGAAAGAGAUGGAAGAAUUGGAUCAAAUGACCCGACAGACUCUUCUGGAGAUGUACAAAUACAAUAUAUCUUUGGAGCACAAAUCCUCUCAGAAGCGCAUCUCUAGGAGUCUAUACAAUCAUAUUCAGCGCUACCCACUGCAUCGACGCAAACGUGAUAUACGAGCCAACAUGGAGGACAAUAACCCCCAAGUGGGCAAAAGUGAUUCGAGCAUUGGUUUCACCCUGUGUAAUGAAAACAAGACAGAUUGUUUCCAGCAAAUGUAUUCCUCCGGUGUGGAUGCCAUACGGGAGUGGUACAGUUUUCAUUACAUCAACAUUUUGGCAAAGUUCCCUGACACUAAGGCCCUAGAGGAAUCCAACUUCACAAGCUUCAUCUAUGCCUGCCGAUUCAACGAACUGACAUGUAACAAAGCGAACUAUACACAUUUUCAUCAUCCUAUUUAUGGGAACUGCUACACGUUCAACGACAAUAGCAGCACUUUGUGGAUGUCCUCCUUGCCUGGGAUCAACAAUGGCCUUUCUCUCGUCAUCCGUACAGAGCAAAAUGACUUUAUCCCACUAUUGUCCACUGUGACUGGAGCCCGAGUAAUGGUCCACAAUCAGAAUGAACCCGCCUUCAUGGACGAAGGAGGUUUUAAUGUGCGUCCUGGCAUAGAAACAUCCAUCAGUAUGAGAAAGGAAACCACCCAGCGUCUUGGGGGAAGCUACAGUGACUGCACAGAAGAUGGAAGUGAUGUGCCAGUGAAGAACCUAUUCCCAUCUCGUUACACUGAGCAGGUCUGCAUACGUUCCUGUUUCCAGACCAGUAUGGUAGAACGAUGUGGCUGUGGCCAUUACUUCUACCCCUUACCCCCAAGAGCAGAGUACUGUGACUCCGCUAAGCAUGUAGCCUGGGGUUACUGCUAUUAUAAACUCCAAGCUGAAUUUAAAGCAAACCACCUAGGCUGCUUCACUAAAUGCCGAAAACCUUGCAAAGUGACAGAGUACCAGCUGUCAGCCGGAUAUUCACAAUGGCCUUCAUCUGUCUCUGAGUCCUGGGUGUUUCACAUGCUGAACCUGCAGAAUAAAUACAAUGUCAUAUCUAAGAGGGAUGGAAUUGCCAAAGUGAAUAUAUUUUUUAACGAGUGGAAUUAUAAAAGCAACGGAGAAUCUCCAGCUUUCACGGUGGUGACAUUACUUUCCCAGCUAGGGAACCAAUGGAGUCUUUGGUUUGGUUCAUCAGUCCUUUCUGUGGUAGAACUGGCUGAGUUGAUUUUGGAUUUUUUGAUUGUCACCUGCAUCCUGGUUUUCCGCCGGCUGUACUUAUAUCAAUCCUCGGACCUUUAUACACCCAGCAACUCAAAUAACUCUGUCUUCCACAAUGUAUUUGCAGUUCACAAAACUCCACAAGAAAUGCCUGCCGAGACUGGGAUCACUGCACUGCCAUCCUAUAACACCUUAGAAACAUUAGACUUACACAGAGUUUCCUGCAGGAGAACAGAAUAAAAGCCAGACUUUGGAUAUGAAUGCUUUGGAUAUGACAUUGUUAUGUACUCCAAUUAAUGCUGACUUAUAGACUCAGCACUUGGAACUAACUGGUUACCUGGAUUCUUACACCCAGAGGAGACAGACCUGCAUGUCAUUUAAAAGAAUUUUGAAGGUACAGACCCAGUGACAUGAAAGCACCUUUCUUUCUCACUUUGUCCUUGGUGUGCGCACAAUUCCUCAAGUCUGUAUCUGUCCACCACCAAACAAAAUUAAAAAGAUGGAUUGUGUGUAGAUAUUCUUUCCCCCAUAUAUUUUGUAAAGUAAGUUUCUACAAAUUGAUCUGGGUUGUUGCUCCCCGUUUCUUUUCUUUGAGGCCACUUGCUGAUCAAAUUAAAGUCAAGUGGACAAAGAAACCUAACCCCUUUCUUGUAGGUUAAAAACAAACACAAGCUUUUCAGUAUUUUUCCCAUCCCUUGAAAUAGCUAGAACUCUUUGCUGCUUGAAGUUAUGCAUUUGAAACCGAGAACAGCUAAACAGGAUAUGAAAGCUUCCUAGGAUUAGAACAAUCCUAGUACAUAUACAUGGAUAAACUUCCAUACUUUGAAAAGUAAAGGUUCCCCAAUUCUGGGUCCAUGAAGUACAAAGAUAUACUUCAACCAGUGCUUCUUUAAGCAAGCUAUAUCAAGAUCUUUAUCCACUUCUCUUCCUUAUGAGUAGAUCCAAGCUUUGAAGACUGUAUACUUUAUUUUGCAUUUAAUAUGGAUGUUACGUCUUGCUCUACUACUCUGAGACUCAAUAUUCAGCUCCUGUAUUGUGUAUCUCCCUCUGAAUGACUUCAGUUAAACAAACUGUUUCCUACUCCCUUUGUUCUCCUGAGAGCUAAUGCCACAAAAACAGUAUAUUCUUAGUCUUAGGUUCAUUCUUGAAGUGUGUGGAUGGGCUUCAUAUUGUCACCGUUUUCUAUUCAACAAAUAUGAUACUUCUCUACAAGCAAAGCAUAGUUAUGUGAACAUCAGCUUCCUUUUCUCCCUUUCAAUAGUACUGUAUCAAAAAAUCCAAGAUGGGGUUAGAAGGUCAGACUUUCUAACUUAUAUUGUUAGAAAGCAUUGUUGUUUUAAUACAUAUUUGUUGUUUUCUAGCAUACAACUUCUCUAUGCUAGUUCUGCAUAAACCCACUAACCUACAUAGGAAGAUAACUGUAUGCUAUACAAAGAGAAGAUUAAUUUAUGAAGAUUCCACUAGUGUUCCAUCAAUCAAGGUCCACCUUCUAUAUUUCAUCUCAUUAACAAAAAAAGGAAAAGGCAUGGAUCUCCAGCCCUUCCAAUUGAAGAAUUUUACUGAAGUAGACUUUUAGCCCUUUUCUUCACAAAAUAUUGUGCUCUUUGCGUAUUACAGCCAGUAAAAAUGGAAAGUACUUUCAGCAGUGAAGAUUUCCAUUGGCAAUGAAGCAAGAAUCCCACCAACAUCAGUGUUUCUCUCCCAGUGCUUCCUUCUGAGUUCUUAAAGAUUUCCUUGUUCCUUGACUGCAUAUGGACAGCCACUUCUGCAAAGACUCUCUCUGAAUGUUUACUAAUAUGUUAGCUUAAUCCAGUGGUUCUCAACCUGUGGGUCGGGGCGCCAUUUGGGGUCGAACGACCAUCUCACGGGGGUCGCCAAACAACGCAGUCCGCCAUUUUUUUCCCCUUU